GAGGCCGGCGCCGGGCGGCGGAAGUGGCUCCCGCACUGGAACUGGAGUGUUUGUGUUUUGGUUUGCAAAGGAGCCGGCGGCCCGCCUGAGGGGAGGAGGGAGGAGGAGGCAGAAUUAGUGGGAACUCGAGCGCCGGCGGCGGGCGGAGGAGGAGAAAGGAAAGAGGAAGGCGGAGCGGAGAUAGGCGGGGACGGAGCCCGACAGGGGCGGCACCGCCGCACCAGCUCCGCACCGUCCAGUCUGAGGGGAGCGGCGCAAGGAGGAGACGCGCCGCCGCCGCCGCCGCCGCCUCCUCGGCCUCCUCAGCCUCCUCUUGGGCUACGCCUGGGAUCUGCCGCCAGGAAGCUUCGGCGCCGCGGCUCCGCGCGCUGCGGGCUCAGGGUUCUUUGCCUUUAGAAAGAAAAAAAUUGACACCUUGCAUCCUGGAAGUUCAUUUAAGAGACUGAAAUUAGGGACUUCUUUCAAAUUUGGACAUGGCUAAUCGAGGAGCAACAAGACCCAACGGGCCAAAUACUGGAAAUAAAAUAUGCCAGUUCAAACUAGUACUUCUGGGAGAGUCUGCUGUUGGCAAAUCAAGCCUAGUGCUUCGUUUUGUGAAGGGCCAAUUUCAUGAAUUUCAAGAGAGUACCAUCGGGGCUGCUUUUCUAACCCAAACCGUGUGUCUUGAUGACACAACGGUAAAGUUUGAGAUAUGGGAUACAGCUGGUCAAGAACGGUACCAUAGCCUAGCACCGAUGUACUACAGAGGAGCACAAGCAGCCAUAGUUGUGUACGAUAUCACAAAUGAGGAGUCUUUUGCCAGAGCCAAAAACUGGGUUAAAGAACUUCAGAGGCAAGCCAGUCCUAACAUUGUAAUAGCUUUAUCAGGAAAUAAGGCUGACCUCGCAAAUAAAAGAGCUGUGGACUUCCAGGAAGCACAGGCCUAUGCAGAUGACAACAGUUUAUUAUUUAUGGAGACAUCGGCUAAAACAUCAAUGAAUGUAAAUGAAAUAUUCAUGGCAAUAGCUAAAAAGUUGCCAAAGAAUGAACCACAGAAUCCAGGAGCAAAUUCUGCCAGAGGAAGAGGAGUAGACCUUACUGAACCCACACAGCCAACCAGGAGUCAGUGUUGUAGUAACUAAACCUCCAGUUUAAACUAGCUGGAAUAUUCUUCUGCUUCCUAAAUGUUAAUAACAGUGGAAUUGGAGCAUUUAACCAGCCCAGUAUGACUUCCAAAAAGAAGAGACUUACGAUAGAGUCAAGUUUCUAAUACAGAAUUAUUUUAAGUGUUUUGAACUUAAUUUUUAAUAACAUGCAUGUGGCCCUCUGACUAAUGUUUCAGCAGUGGAAGGGGGAAAUGAGAGCUUUGUGUAAACUUGUUUCCUUGGAAGGUUAGGGGGACUCAUUUCUCUUCACCAGGGAUAUUGACAGAUGACUCUGAACCCACAGGUAACCAGCCAGUUCUGUGAAAAAGAUUUGGAACUUACUCAUUUGGGCUUUUCAAGAAAACAUUGUUUAGAAGGAGGUUCUAAAGAGAUUUAUGCUUAACUACCAUAUUCAGGCAACCUAUAAUUUCUCUUAGGAUCCAUAUUAAAAGUAUACAUUCCACAUUUUAACAAAUUAGCCACAAGAAGACAGUCCCACUUUUCUGGGGGGAGAAAUGAAUAUUAGUGGCACCUAAAUUAUAGCCAAUCCUGUUAUUUUUUCAAAUGGGGUUUAAAAAAAUCAAAUGUAAUCCCAUCUUGUUUUAGGAAUAUGAAAACUGAUAAAAAUGCAUCUUAAAGGAUGGUGUUCCCUUCAAACAUGUGAGCUCUUCAACAAAAAUGAAACCAGGUGUCUGAUUUCUGUUUAAUCACUGCUGGCCAUUACAUAGGUUUUGUUGUUUGGGGGUAGGGAGGGGGCUUUUGUGCCCUUUGGACAUAAAUAUAGUCAAUGCACUAACAAUUAUGUACAUUCAAACUUGAUUAUUUUAAAUUUGAUCUUCAGCUGUACUGUAAAUAGGGUACUGCAUUGUAGUCUCCAUGUAUGUUUAUUACUUUUCUGUAAUAUUUAAGAGUUGCUUAAAAGUAUACAAAAUGUACAGUUACUAAAACAGCUAAUUUUUUCCUUCUCUGCCUCUUUGAAAGGAAGGGGCUUCAGUUGUUCCUACCUGGUUAGAACCAUAAUAAACAAUGUACCGGUAAUUUGUAACAUAAGUAUUGGAUAUGUUAGUAACAAUCUUGCAGCCUUGUUUUCCAAAGUUCAUUUUAUUUUGAUCAGUUCAGUAUAUUGCACUAAUUGUUUUAGGUAUUUUCGUUACAUGAAAUCUACCAUGUGUUGGAGAUGAUUUAAUCUAUUUAAGUGUUGAACUGCUAGCCGAACUUGUCCAUUUACAGUCAUUCAGAGUUAGCAAGGACAACAGUUCACCAGUGUUUAGUUUUAUAUUGAGGUGCUCAGGUUGGAAUAAAGUGGUAUGAAAAGCAA